CGCUAAAUUGAAACAACAGAGCACUCCACGCGCGGACCGAUUCACUUCUCCUGAGCCUCUCACUGCCUCUGCUCCUCUCAAACCAGGUUUUUGAACUCUGCUGACUCCUUCCUUUGGUCUCUCUGUCCGGUGAAGUUAAACAUGGAGGAAGCCAACAAGCUCGUCGGAACUGGAAAGAAGUACCUGGUGAUGGGAAAGGUUGUGGAGGCGGUGAGCUCCCUGCAGGAGGCCUGCGGCAUGCUAGCUAAGAAGUACGGAGACACAGCGGACGAAUGUGGUGAGGCGUUCUACUGGUGUGGUAAAGCCCUGCUGGAUUUGGCUCGGAUGGAGAACUCUGUCCUGGGAAACGCUUUGGAAGGAGUGCCAGAGGAGGACGAGGAAGAGGGGAAGCCCAAAGACCCCAACAUCGAGAGCGCCGAGAACCUUGAUGAGAAGACCAGAGACGAGCUGAGGGUUCAGGUGUACGACGCCAUGGCGGAGAAGGAGGACGGGAAGGAGGGCAAGGCUGCAGAGGAGGAUAAGGAGCAGGACUCGGAGGCUACAGCUGAUCAGAAGAAUGGAGAAUCUGAAGGAAACAAAGACGAGACGGAGACUGGAGAGGAGCCACCUGCUGAGGAGGACAAAGAUAAAGCACCAGCAGCUGAGGAGAAGGGUGAAGAAGCAGCAGAGAAAGACGGAGAGAAAGCAGCUGCAGAGGAGGAGGAGAAAGAUGGAGAAAAAGCGGCGGUGGCGGAGGAGAAAGACGGAGAAAAAGCGGUGGAGGAGAAGAAAGACGGAGAAAAGGCGGCUGCAGAGGAGGAGAAGAAAGACGGAGAAGCAGAUGAGGAAGAAGAGGCGGAGGAGGAAGAGGGGGAAGACGAAGAAAUGGAAGCUGAAGCAGAGGAGCAGGCUGAAGACGAGGCGACCGCUGACAAGGACAGCGAGGAUGAGGUGGGGAACCUGCAGCUGGCCUGGGAGAUGCUGGAGGUCGCUAAAGUCAUCUACAAAAGGAAGGAGACGAAGGAGGAUCAGCUGAUGGCGGCGCAGACCCACCUGAAGCUGGGGGAGGUUUCUGCUGAGUCAGGGAACUACACGCAGGCUCUGGAGGAUUUCCAGGAGUGUCUGAAGCUCCAGCUGAAACACCUGGACUCGGACAGCCGGCUGCUCGCCGAGACCCACUACCAGCUGGGGGUGACCUACAGCCUGAACCUUCAGCACGCCGAGGCCAUCGAGGCUCUCAAUAACUCCAUCUCCGUCAUCAAGAGUCGGUUAGAGAAACUGCAGGAGAUGAUCGACAAAGCGGAGGGUCCAGAAGCUCUGCCAGAGGAGAGGAAGGAGCUGGAGGAGCUGAAGGCUCUGCUCCCAGAGAUCCAGGAGAAGGUGGAGGACGCCACCGAGGGAUUGAAGACCAGCGCUGAGGCUGCUCAGGACGGAUCCUCUGCUUCCACCACGCUGCCUGGUUCCACUGUAAACAAUGACUCCUCAUCCGCUCCAGCAAUUAACAGCACCGGCAGUCCCAGUAAACAGGCCUCCACAGUCCCAGUGUCUGACAUCUCCCACCUGGUCAGGAAGAAGAGGAAACCAGAGGAGAGUCCAGUAAAGGAAACUGAAGUGAAGAGAGUGAAGCAGGAUGAGGGCGACGUUCAGCAGCCUCACACUAACGGCGUUCACAGCGCUAACGGUGACCCAGCAGAAAACGCUGAAACCAUGGAGGUGGCAAAGUAGAGCGAUCUGAUUCCGACUCGGGCAUUUCUCCAAGGUUUACUCCAUCGAUGAUCAAGUUCCAAGAGUAGCUAGUUCCCUCAUUCCAGGGGACGCGUCCUCCAAAGAUGGUGGAUCCUGCAUUGUCUGCAGCCUCCUCACCAGAGUCAUUUUAGUCUGUGAAGCCAAACUGGUCCCUGUUCCUCUGAACAGCUGUUUGGUGCCGUUUGUAAAUACGUCGUGUCUUUUUCUCUACUGAGCCUUUUUGUAACGUGUAAAGAUAAAUAAAGAUUGCUGAAUAAAUGGUGUCACUGAUUAUUCA